AUGAAGUUCCAAUCUGUUGUUUUGUUUAUGACCGCUAGUUUGGCAUCUGCAAUUUAUACUCAAGCGUGCACUGUUUUUUACCAGGGUAAAUAUACACAUCAAACUGGUGAUAAGGGAGGAGGAUGUUUUGGUACCGACGAGUCCGAUCCUAUUGAAAAAAUUUGGACCGAUCCCGAUCCUCCUCGUCCUCCUGUUGUUUGCAACAAUUUUUGCAAUAAAUACAACUGCGAGGGAGAUGUUGUUAUAAGUAGCUGUGCUUCUACCUCUGCGGAACGUGUACUUACCAAUUCAGUUAAAAUAUUCUGCCCGCCUGAAACAUAA